CGUGGUUCCGACACAGUUCCGACUUUCGAGUUCGGCACCUCUAAGCUCUAUUUGCUCUAACACUCGGCAGUGAGCUAGGCACUGACACGGGCUUGGCAAUCUUGCGUUCACACUAUGAAAAUUGAGAACCUAAAUCAACCCAUUCAGUAUUUAUUUUAAUAUUCUAAUAUUUUGUUAUUUAAUAACAUUGAAUUGAACUGCUUAACCUGAUAGACGACAACAUUGGAAUUACAUAAUGGAUUCUCAAGAUUAUUCCGACAGCAGCGAUGAAAAUGAUUCGGACUAUAAACCACCAGGUGAAGAUGAAAAAUUAUCAGAAGUUGAUUCCGAUGAUCCAAUUGAAGAUGAUGAGGAUAGCGUCAGUACAUCUGCUAAAAAAUCAAAGAGAACUAAUAAGAAACCAACUAAGACUGGAAAAAGAAGCUCACUAAAGAAAUCUAAAAAAAUAGUAAUUGAUGAUGAAGCUAUUGAAAAAACAAAAGAAGAGGUAAAUACUCUUCUUAAUUCCUCUGAAGAUGAUAAAAAGCGUUUGGAUGCUUUGUGGGAAGAAUUUCAACGACCUAUAACAAAAAAGUCUUCCAAUACACCUAUUACCAGUGAAAAUAAAUCUAAAUCAAAAGAAUCCAUAAACGUUUCUGAUAAACCAGAAACAACCAAAAAAAGGAACUUUGAAGCAUUAUUUGACAUUUCUGAGUCAUCUAAAAAAGUGGAGAAUAAUUAUGACAAUACAAGUUCACCUAAGUCUCCAGAAACUAAAAGUGAGGUAGCCUCUAUUGCUACAAGACCAUCAGGCGGUUUAGCAACUAUAUUGAGUCAAAUAGGAAAAAAAAGUAAACUGACGGUUUUAGAAAAAUCCAAACUAGAUUGGGAUGGUUACAAAAAAAAGGAAGGAAUUGUUGAAGAAUUAGUCACACACAAUAAAGGAAAAGAUGGGUACUUAGAAAAGCAAGACUUUUUGGAACGGACAGAUUUACGACAAUUUGAAUUGGAAAAAGCAAUGAGAGCUGCCAAUAGAUCGCACAGAAGUUAAAUAUCAUUUAUUGUAUAUUAUAUCAAUAAUCCUUAGUAUUUAUAUAAUUGGUUUUAAACAUUUAAAUCGUAUUAAAUUUAAAUUAAUAUACUUUCCUUUUUUUUUUUAAAGUAAAUUAAUAAUAGUUAAUUUUACAUGAUACCAGGUAGUUAAAAAUGCAAUGUCUGUAUUUAUAAAUUAGUUUAUUAUAUACAAACAAUUAAUUUGAAGAAAAAAAAUAUUGUAGAAUAUUUUAAGACAAUUAUUGAUACAUAAUAAACCGCUAGACUUAAUACAUUUAUACUUUUUAUGUGUAAUUAAGACAUAUUCAUAUUAAUUAUUUUUAAUAAACAAUAUAUAUUUAAGUAUCUACAUUUAAAAUAUAAACAAAAUAUUUUUUAAUCGAAA